AUUUUACAUUUUUGCGCCAUACGGGGUUUAUGGGGGUUCAAAAAAGAGGGGAAAACGGGGGUUUAUAAAGUUUCCGCUAGGAGUUGCUAAUUCUAAUCGAAGGUGAAUUAUGGCUGAGGAAGUAGCAAAUUCAGAAACAACAAGCCCUACGGCGGAGCAGAACCAGAACUCGGUGAAUGCCACCAUCGAAUCAGGGUUUCAGGGAGGUACAGAAUCGACUUGCAACAAUAAUAAUGCUGAGAGUUCUGCGGUCACUUCUGAUGGUGACCGCGAAAAAUCGCUGGAGUACGCCGAUGAGCUAACAGAGAAAGGUGCUAAGGCCGAUAAAGAUGGAGAUUAUGGAGAGGCCGUUGAAUGCUAUAGUCGUGCCCUAGAAAUCCGGGUUGCACAUUUUGGUGAACUUGCUCCUGAAUGUAUCAAUGCAUACUAUAGAUAUGGGCGUGCUUUGCUGUACAAAGCUCAGGAUGAGGCUGAUCCUUUGGUUUCUGUGCCUAAAAAGGACAGCGAGUCUCAACAAGAUUCUAACAGAGACGGUUCUGUUAAGAGUGCUGUUAGUUGUGAAUCUUCUGUUGCUUCUAUCUCAAGUACUGAUGAACCAGGUGGAAGCUCAAAUGGAAAGGAGAAAGAGGAAGAUGAUGCUGCAGAGGAAAAAGACAAGGAAGGAGAUGAAGAUGAAGAAAGUGAUGCUGAGGAUGUGGCUGAAGGCGAUGAGGAUGAAACUGACCUGGAUUUGGCCUGGAAACUGUUAGAUGUUGCAAGGGCAAUUGCUGAAAAGCACUCUGGUGACACAAUGGAAAAAGUGGAUGUAUUAUCAGCUUUGGCUGAGGUAGCCUUGGAAAGAGAGGAUCUUGAAACUUCCCUUAGUGAUUACCUGAAGGCAUUAUCCAUUUUGGAACGCUUGGUUGAACCUGACAGUCGCCAUAUUGCUGAGCUCAACUUUAGGAUAUGUUUAUGUCUGGAAAUUGCUUCUAAGCCUCAGGAAGCCAUACCAUACUGCCAAAAAGCUGUUUCGACUUGCAAGUCGCGGCUACAGAGGCUCACCGAUGAAAUAAAGCUUUUGUCAGAAUCAACAGAAAGAUCAGCUACUAAUGUAGAUCAGAUUGCGAGACAAUCCUCCAGUGCAUCACAGUCCGACUCUGUAUCUGCUAAAGAAACAGAGAUUGAAACGCUCACAGGUCUAUCUGCAGAAUUGGAGAAGAAGCUUGAAGAUUUGCAGCAGUGCAUGUCAAAUCCAUCAUCUAUCCUCUCAGAUAUUAUGGGACUGGUUUCUGGGAAAGCAAGAAGUCCGGAAAAAGCUGCUUCUUCUAUAGCUGUGAGCUCUUCACAGAUGGGUGCUGCUACCAGUGGUAGUGGAGGUUUUGACUCCCAAACCGUUUCCACUGCCCACACAAAUGAGGCAGCUGGAGUGACUCAUCUAGGUGUAGUGGGAAGAGGAGUCAAGAGGGUGCUGCUAAACACAACUACAGAGUCUAGUCCAAUGAAAAAGCCUGCAUCUGAGCCGCCAUCAAAUAGUGCAGAUGGCAGUGCCUCGUAAAGAAUGUAUUAUUGUUGCUGUGAUGAAGUAAUCUUUAACAUACAAAGAUUGUUAGCUGGGAAUUCUGUUGUAAGAUGGCAUCAGUUUAUGUCCUGUUCUUGAUCACGUAUGCCUUAGUGGCUAUUCUGUAUCUGUUGCUUUAUUCUUUGCAGUUGUAUGCUCUUCAGAUAGUCUACUGAGACUCAGAAGUUGAACACUUAUUUGAAUGAGAUGUUAACUUUGUUGGAAGACCAGUAACUGAACUAGUUAACAGUUAUUCACUACCUAGACUACUGGGUGCUGAUUAACCGUCAUGGCAAAUAACAAGUCUUACACUCUGUUUGGAUCA